CCUAAUCUGAAAAUUGCAGCCUUGGUGCCUUAAUUUUAGACUUGAGCGAGCUACUACACGAGUAACGAGCACACCAACGGGAAGCAAAAAUUAACCGUGAUCACACUAACCACAUCUGGGUAAAACAUGUGCAACCCAACAGGCCCAACACAAACCAAACCAUAUUACAUAAUCUGUCUGGUGCAUACGAAACACACCAAAGCCUAAAUAUGAUCAAUCGACAGAUCCAGGCCCAGGUACCAAUAAUUCCUCUUUGAAUCAGAGAAAACAUGAGGACCCAUAUGCUAAUAUCUGUACUCUACUUGAGUUAACCUUUCUUCCAACACUCGCCGUUUCACGAUUUCAAUUGUUGUCCGUAUAGACUAUAUAAGGGUACAUACUAGAUAUAUUAAAGCUCUAUCUUUACACUAGAAUCCACAUCACCGUCAUUUGAGAUGUCUACCCGCCAAUAUGACAUCGUGCUUUGGGGUGCCACCGGCUACACCGGAAAGGAGACAGCAAAACACAUUGCGAGGUCCUAUCCUACGGAUAUCAGAUGGGCCAUUGCCGGGCGAUCAGAAUCGAAGCUGAAAGCUGUGGCCGAAUCAUGUGCGAAGAUUAACCCGGACAGGGAGCAGCCUUCAAUUGAAAUAUGCAACUUGGACGAGGCCGAACUUGCCGAUCUGGCUAGGAAGACGACGGUCCUUAUCGCAACGGUUGGUCCAUUCUGUGUUUACGGCGAGCCGGCACUCAAGGCUUGUGCUGAGAAUGGCACGCACUACUUGGACAUCACGGGCGAGGUCCCCUGGGUCAUGAGUAUGGUCAAGAAGUAUGAGAAGGUGGCAAAGAGCACAGGAGCUGUUCUUAUAUCGCAGUCCGCCGUUGAAUCAUUACCGUCAGACCUGGUUACAUAUGCGAUUGUAAAGCGCAUCCACCAAGAACUCUCAACGACGACACGGGAAGUCAUCUUCUCGGUGGAGGAUAUCAAGAGCACGUUCUCUGGCGGGACAUUGCAUUCGAUCCUAGAAGUCGUAGACCACUUCAGCAUUGCUGACCUCCGUCGUAUCAAGAAACCCUUCAUACACUCCCCGAUCCCUGGACCCACGGCCCCGACCACGCAGUCAGCAUGGACGAACAUCCUUGGGGUGCGAGAGCAUCCCGAUCUGGGAAUUCUGACUACAUAUUUUGGCGCAUCAAGUGAUGUGCCCAUCGUCGAGAGGUCAUGGGGUCUUAUUGGUAAUGGAAAGGUCUAUGGCCCGAACUUCAGAUUCUCGGAGUACGCCAGGGCCAGGAGCAUUUUCUUUGCGCUCUUCAUACAUUUUGUCUUGACAGUUGGGACGAUUCUACUGAAGUUCCCAUUUGCCACGUGGGCGAUGCGUAAGGUUGUUCCUCCGCGAGGAUACGGAGCCUCGGAGGAGGAAGCGAAGAGCCAUUUUGUAGAGUAUCGCGCGGUGGGACGACCUAACGUCGACACGUUGACACGAGCCCAUGCGAGGGUUAGAUACAGCGGUGGUCUCUAUGAGAUGUCUGGUCUCUUGGUCUCUCAGGCUGCCCUUACCCUUCUGAAAGACGAUGUAACGGCGAAGAAGCUUGGUGGAGGCUUCAUGACCCCUGCGACUCUUGGCCAACCUCUCAUAGACCGCCUUGCGGAUUUGGGGUUCAAGAUUGAAGUGAAGAUGGUGGAAAGGUAAUAGAGAUGACGGAAAGAUGUAUCUUGGCAUCAGCGAGGUUAUGAUCUAUGAGUAAUCAAUGGUUGUGUGUUUAGCAUGGCAAUUAAAAUUUGGGCGAUAUACAUAUAUAUUAGAUUUGAAGCGUACAAAAAUAUUUAGAGUAUAAUUUAUAUCCAUUUGAGAGCAA